AUGGAUAUCCACCUCUGCGAGUACGAAGGCAAGGCAUUCUAUAUCGAGAAAGGACGGGUGGUCGAAAUUUUUAUUAAAAGCCGAGUCGUAGUUAACGCAGCUUAUUUUCGAGAAGAGAACCCGAACUAUACCAGACCGAGCAUCAAGGAAUCUAAUAGGGGCCCACCACCACUACUAUCUAGCUGGACCUUUAUUAAUCUUGACGAAAGUGAUAAAGAGGGGCCGUCCCCGGCUAAGGGCAAUGGAAUGGAUCCAUUAGAAGUAAAGGGAGACAACCUACUCAUUUACAGUCUAACUGUUCCUGGGUUUAGCUUAGGCAAUAAUGACCUUUAUAUUCCUGCAAAGAAGAAGAAGGCCGUACGAGCUCUUUCCGAGGCCUAUAUCAAGAGGGCAUCGACCAAUGCCUUUAAUGAUAUUAUAAAAGGAAAAGGGCAAGGGUUUAACGCGGUCCUCCUGCUAGAUGAGGCGGAUAUACUUCUCGAGCAGCGCUUAGCUCAAGAUAUCCAUCGAAAUACUCUCGUCUACGUAUUCCUGCAGACCCUGGAAUACUACCAAGGGAUGAUAUUCCUUACCACUAACCGGGUAGGGCAGAUCGAUAAUGCAAUCGCUAGUAGGAUCCACUUCAAACUAAAGUAUGCUACGCCUCAGGGAGAACCAAUUUACAGCCGGGAUGCCUUUGAUAAUUGGAUACGGAAGGAGCACAAUGGUCGCGAGGAAUGCCAGGUUAAUAUGUCCCAUCUUGAAAUGGCUAUUGGCAUAUGCGAGGAUUUCGAAUGCGAUUUCAAGGGCGCGGGGCCGAAGGAAGCUAUGAACGGUUAUUUCUAG